CCGAAACGAGCUGGCUGAAACUCUGGAACUCCUGAAAGCGCAGAUCGAUCCCGCGCUGCUGAAAAAGCAACAACAGGACAGCUCCUCCCGAGAGAGCCCAAGCAUCGAGGACGAAGAAGCCAAAAAGAAGGAAGAAACGCCGCCCCAAGAAAACAACGUCGUGAAAGAAAAAGAAGAGAUAAAAGAAGAACUGCCAAAGGAAUCGGCGCCGCUUCCACCUCCUGCAGCUUCCGAAGGGGAGAACGCAAUAAAAAUGGAGAAGGAGGAGAGAGAGAUCAUAAAGCUGCCAGUUAUAGUGAAGCUUGAGAAGGCCUUGGAGAACAACGGGGAAACGCACAUUACCAAAGAAGAAAGCGACUCUUUUAAAGAAAACGUGAAGCCUGUCAAAGUGGAGGCAAAAGAAAAUAAGCUGGAGCCAAAAGACUUGAAAGACACGAACAGCAACGCGGAGAAACCCGCUCACGAGUCUGAGAGGCUCGCCUUCUGUGUCAGUGUCAAAACUCCCCAGGAAGUUGUCGAGAGGACCGCGGAAGAAAGCGAGAAGCUGAAAAACGACCAGCAGGCCAAGAUCCCGCUGAAGAAACGAGAGAUCAAGCUGACCGACGAUUACGACAGCCCCCUGAAAGGCCCCUUGCGGAAAUGCAUCACCCCGACCAAGGACGUCUUGAAGGAGGAAGGGAAGCAAGAAGAGGAGACUUUCAAGAGAGUCCCUACGAUCACGGACGGGAAGUUCCUCGUGAACGGGGAGCUCAGCAGCGAGAAGAUCAUGCCAAAUAACCGGUUAGAUCAUUCCCCCGGUACCAAGGACGACUCCGCUAGCUUGCCCAAGGAGAAGAACGGCACGAGCGGGGAGAAAGUUCCGGAACCCAUUAGCACCAUCGUAAGAAUGAGCGAUGCGGAGAAAAGUAUUUUGCACACGGGGAAAGAGGCCGGCGGGAGGAUAGCCGAAGUUUCUCAGAUAGUGCCUUCGAAGGAGGAAACCGGUCUUUUAGGGAAGGAAGGCUUGACGUCAGAGGCGAUUGCAGAAGCACCUUCAAACACCGAUAGGGGUCUCAAGAAAGCCGAAGAGCCCAUUAAAGAAAAAGACGGGCUGCCGCCGCCCAAGGACCACCUUGAGAAAUCCUCAAAGACAUUUUCCGCAAAGGAGCUGGUCGGCCCGCCAGAUGAGGAGGGCUUAAAAAACAAAGAUCAGCCCAGGGAGAAACCCGACUUAACGAGAGCAGAGGCAACCCCGCCCCCUGCUCCGGCCCCCUCCUCCGAGAAGUCCGUUGCCGAAAAGGAGGACUCUGCUCCUCGAAGCCCCGAUACGAAAACUGUACGUGAGGAGCAGGAUCGUAAGCCCCAGAAAGGGCCCGAGGCUACGGGGAGAGAGGUGCCUAAAUCGGACAACUCCCAGAGCUCCACCGAAGAGUCUUCGGGGACGAAAAAAGAGCCCGCCAGGAGCAAGUGUAAAUAUAAGCUGAUCUCCGAAGAAGACGGCUCUCUGACGGACAACAGGGAGAUCACCUCCGAGAGGCAGAAAGAGGGCAUCAAGCUCACCAUCCGCAUCUCCAGCCGGAAGAAAACGGACCCUCCCCCGUCGAAGGCCGAGGAGGCGGGGAAAGAGGAGGUGGUCAGCAUCGGACGCAUCCUGAGGAGGUCUCCCCGGAUAUCGAAGCCGACUCCCAAGGUCGUGGAGACCCGAGACCAGAAGACCGAGAAAAAACGGAGCGAGGAGGAGGAGGAGAAAGAGAAACCGGCCCCGGUUCAAAAACAGGAGAAGAAAGAGGGCUCGAAAAAGCAAGAGAAGGAGGUGAAUUCGAAGGCCGGCAAGGCUGUACAGCGAAAUAAAGUCCGGUGGGCCGGGACUAGAACCCGGGGCAGGUGGAGAUACUCGAGCGGUGAUGAAAGUGAGGAGUCGGAGAGUGAAGAGAACUCCGAGGAGGAGGAGAGGGAGGGGGAGGAGGAGGAGGAGGAAGAGCCAGCGCCGGCUGAGGACGACGAGCCAUGUAAGAAGUGUGGCCUCCCCAAUCACCCGGAGCUGAUUCUCCUGUGCGACUCCUGCGACAGCGGCUACCACACGGCGUGUCUCCGGCCCCCGCUGAUGAUAAUCCCGGACGGAGAGUGGUUCUGCCCUCCUUGUCAACAUAAAUUACUCUGUGAGAAGCUAGAAGAACAGCUGCAGGACCUGGACGUUGUCUUGAAAAAGAAAGAACGAGCAGAGCGAAGAAAAGAACGCCUCGUGUACGUGGGGAUCAGUAUAGAAAACAUCAUUCCACCCCAAGAGCCAGAAAUCCCCGAAGGCCUAGAUGAAAAGAAGAAAGAUUCCAAAAAAUCAAAGGUCAAGUUGCUCGAAAGGAGGUCGACUCGGCAAAGGAAAUGCAUAAGCUAUAGGUUUGAUGAAUUUGACGAAGCAAUCGAUGAAGCAAUUGAGGACGACAUUAAGGAGGCGGACGGAGGGGGCGGCGGGCGAGGCAAAGACAUGUCCAACAUCACGGGGCAUCGCGGCAAGGAUAUUUCCACCAUCCUCGAGGAAGAAAGAAAGGAAAGCAAGCGGCCUCCCCGGGCUGCUGCUGCCCGCCGCAAGAAACGGCGGCGGCUGAACGACCUGGACAGCGACAGCAACCUGGACGAGGAGGAGAGCGAGGACGAGUUCCGGAUCAGCGAGGGGUCUCAGGACGAGUUUGUCGUCUCAGACGACAACGUGGACGAAAGCGAGGAGGAUCAGCCGUCCAAUGAUGAGAGCGACGCCGAGUUCGGGCGGCGCCGGCCCCGGCGGCACCAUUCCAGGCCCAUGAGACAAAGCCGGCGGCUGCGGAGGAAAACAGUCAGGAAACGAUACUCCGAAGAUGACGAAGAGGAGGACUCUGAGGAUAACGUAAGCGGGGACUCUGAGAGCGAAGCUUCUUCAGAAUACAGCGACGAGGAUUAUCUGGAGUCCAGGCGGAGGAGAUCUCGGCGGAACCAGAAGAGACAAGUCAACUAUAAGGAGGAUUCCGAAAGCGACGGCUCCCAGAAGAGCUUCCGAUACGGGAAGGAGCUGAGAAGAGUCCAUAAGCACAGACUCUCCAGUUCGGAUAGCGAAGAGAGCUACCUGGCCAAGGACUCUGAAGACGACAAGCCAGCCAGGGCGUCCAAGAGGCCCAUCCGGAAGCGCAGCCACAGCAUGGACAAGUACUCCGAGGACGACGGGGAUGAGGACGGGCGGCCCAUCCGGAAGCGGCUGAAUCGGAUCGAAACAGACGACGAAGACAACAGCGACGCUGACAAGCCAACGCCCCCCAGCAAGCCCUUGGCACCUCACGUGCCCCAAGACGUCCCCAAGAAGCCCUGCUACCGGAUAGAAAGCGACGAGGAUGACGACUUCGAUAACGUCGGGAAAGUUGAAAGCCCAUUGGACUACAGUCUGGUGGAUUUGCCUUCCGCCAAUGGGCAGAGCCCGGGGAAAACAAUCGAGAACUUGAUUGGCAAGCCAGGCGAGAAGAUGCCCACCCCCAAGGACAGCACAGCCAAUGCCAGCUUAGCGCCCAAUGGGACGAGCGGGGGCCAGGAGGCGGUAGGGCCGGAGGAAGACGAGGACGAACUUUUGCGAGUGACGGACCUCGUCGAUUACGUCUGUAACAGUGAACAGUUAUAAGACUUCCAUUUUUUUUGUGCUAAUUUAUUCCACGGUAGCUCAUACCAGCGGGCCAGUUAUUAAAAGGUGUUUUAUUUUUCCUAGAAAACUCUCCACUACAGUAUCACUUUUUAGCAGUCAGAAUUUCACCAGUCCUGCAGCUCCGGUCUCCCGCCCACCUGUUUUCCCGUGAAGUGGCCAGUCUUCUUUUUUGCAACUCUUUUGAAGAUAAUUACUGUAAAAUUCCCCCUCUUCCGAUUCUCUUCUUCCCCACUUCUUAAUCCAGUUCCCUCGUCCCGAGUAACUUCAUCCACGCAGAGACCUUGUAGUAAAUGAGAGAUUUGUAUA